UCAAAAUGGCAAAAACGACGCCGUCGCCGGCGAUUCUACUCCUCACCCUUCUCCUCCUGAUCACACCGCCGCCGUCUCAAUCCCUCCCCUACACCCAAUACCGCAACCUCUUCUCCCUCUCCCACUCGCUCAUGUCGCGCGUGGCCAACCUACGCGCCUCCCGCGGCGACCGCGCCGGUUCGGACCGGGCUCGGAACAUCGCGGCGAAAAUGGAAAGCGGGCUGGGCCUGGGCGUCUGGGGGUUCAUGUGGUCGGCAGGGUGGGACUACGUCAAGAACUACUCGUGGCGGGAGAUGCCGUACACGGAGAUGUACGGCGCCGCGUCGGAGGCGAGCGAGUUGAUGGGGUGGCUCGGUGAGUUGACUCAGAAGAAAUCGGACUCCGAGAGAGCCGCGUGGAUCGGGCAAAAUUACCGAAAUGUCUUCAGAGUCUCUAGUUCGCUGCUGCGUCGGCUCCUCAGAGUCUUCAGUCAGUCGGGGACGUUGAGAGAAGUAGUAAAGGCAGUUCAGACAGAGGUCGUACAGGGCGAGCUAUUGAGGGACUGUCUUGAAUUGGGCAGCAAUGACUUCCGAGGUGUGCUUCAAAUCCUUAGAGAUUUGGGAAUACAGUACGGUUCCGCCUCUAGUUCUAAGCACCAAGAGCUUUGACAUCCCUCUACUCCAAGGUGCUAAGAAAUUGUCCGAUUUUGUAGUUUGUUGUUGUACGAGUUUGAACCUUUGAAUGUUUGUAUGACUAUGUUGUAGACUUGUAGCUCACUAGUGGUCUGUUAUUCUCUUUCCCUUAAAUUUGCUCAUGACAAUAGAUUUGAGCGCGACAAUAUAGUUCAUGACCCCG